UCACGGGCCAUAGCCCGGUGCCCCGCGGCUCGGCAUGAUCGGGUCCGCCCAAUCAUUGGAGCGGAGCAUGAUUGGGAGCCUGAUAUUUUACGGGCUUUACCCGUUAACACGGUUUAUAAACUGCGUCACAGAACCCUUGAAAAAGGGUUCCUCUGUGUCCAUUAAUGGCAAGGUGUGGGAUGGUGAAGUCCCUUCCAAAAGAUUUACUAAAACGCAGGCAGGCCUGCUGGAUCCGUGGCUUAGUACAAGCAGCGGGCCCCCAAAGGCCAAGAAGGAUCCCGGGAAAGUGACUGGGGAAUGGAUGAAGGAGAACGGCGCACUAGAAAAGGAGAAGAGUAAAGAGGCAGAGAUGAAGAAAAGCACUGUGAAAGAGGUGAUGGGGUCUGAACCAGAGAAAGACAGGAAAGAGCCUGUAUUUGUAACUCUGGAGGGUCGGCUGCUUGAUGGAGUGAAGGAAGAGGAGCCAGAGGUGAGAGACGGCGUGGAGGAGGACGGGGUCAGAGAGGAAGGUCCAAAGCAGCAGGACCAGGAGCAGACUCUCCUCUACUCAGAGAAGCUCAUGAGGGAUGAUGGCGUGCAGGAGGCUCCCUGUUCCCCCACAGAGGAGUCUGAGAACAGUAACCCAGCACUGGGGCUAACAACAGAGACAUCUGAAGUACAGAAUCCAUCAGUCAAGGACAGCAGGACAACAGACGAUAAAGCGAUUGUCCAUGUCCUGUUAGAACAGAUAGUGGAAAAGAUGAGCAUGGGAGAGUCAGUAACCAAGGCACAGGUGCAAAAACCGGAGUGGGAGAGCCAAACUGCAGCAGGACUAGACUUGAGCUCUUUUGUAGACCCACAUGCAAGCACUAGUGAAGUGCCUGCUGAGAUAUGGGAUCCUGGGCUGGGCCUGGUCUCCCUUCUCUGUGAGGCAGAGGCCCAGACACAGCCAUGGGAGAGUAGGGCUCAGCCCCCACCCAAGGGCUGGCAUUUCCCCAUCGGCCCUGGCUUGAAAGAGGUGUUGUUCUGCCCUUCCACAGCGUUCCCAAGCAUGAGCUACUACCCACAUUCACUGGAGAGAGAGACCUUCGAAGUGGUGUGGAGGGUGUGGGAGGAACUCAGUGAGACCCACACAGCGCCAGAGCCUCUCCAAAGGCCCCCCUCAGAACCCCGGCCCCUGUUUGACUUCACAGUGAUGUCUUACAACAUCCUGGCCCAGGACCUGCUGGAGGCCAACCAGGAGCUGUACACAAACUGCCCUCUAGGGGUGUUGAGCUGGGACUACCGCUUCCCAAACCUCACACAGGAGUUCAAGAAAUGGGAACCAGAUAUCCUGUGUCUGCAAGAGGUCCAGGAGAACCACUUUACAGAGCAACUCCAUCCUGUCCUUCGUGACAUGGGCUACACCUGUGUUUACAAGCGGCGCACCGGCACCAAGACUGACGGCUGUGUGAUUUGUUACCGCGGCGACCGUUUCUCCCAGGUGUCAGAGAGUCUGCUGGAGUUCUACAGGCCAGAGUGUGAGCUGCUGGACCGAGACAACGUGGGCAUUGUCCUGCUGCUCCAGCCAAUUAUCACACAGGGGUCAGAAGUCACUGCCAAGGGCCCACCCCUCUGUGUGGCAACCACCCACCUCCUGUUCAACACCAGGAGGGGUGACGUGAAGCUGACCCAGCUUGCAAUGCUGCUGGCAGAGAUCGACUACAUCGUGAGGAACUGCAAGGUGAAGGGAGAGCACUGCAAUGUUGUUCUAUGUGGAGACUUCAAUGCUCUACCCAACAUGCCUCUGUACCAACUGAUCACGACAAGACAGCUUUACUAUCAUGGUCUACCUGCCUGGAUGAUAUCAGGUCAAGAGGAUCUGUCCUACAACGUCCAUCAUAGGAGGGUAUUCGCUCCCCUUUGGCCAAGCACCGUGGGCAUCGAUGACAACUGCCAGUACACAACUGUAAAUGAGCCAAAGAGUCAAAUCACGUCAACCCAGAGUCCAGAACGGAACCUGCAGUACAACCAUGGCUUCCUGCGUCGGCUGCGUUUCUGUGAGGCUGCCUGUGUCCGGCCACAGGACCUGGAGCUCAUCCCAGGGGUCACUGACAACACACCUGAUCCUGAGGACAAGCAUCCUUAUACAACAAGGUUCAGACAGACUAUCUCCCAUUACCUGAACCUGCGGUCAGCCUACGGCCACUUCAUCCCUGGAACAGACCGUGCUGAGGUGACCACGCUGCACUCCGAGGUUGGAGCUACAGUCGACUACAUCUUCUACUCUCCAAGGCUUGGCAUUUCUGGUGCUGAUCAGAAAGGUGGAGGUCAACGGCAGAGCCAAGGUCUGAAGCUGCUUGGUCGUCUCUCCCUCCUACCAGAGGAGGACCUCUGGUCAAUGAACGGUUUACCCAAUGAAAUGUUCCCCUCGGACCACCUCAGUCUCCUGGCCAAGUUCCAGCUGGACCUGAAUCCUGUGUGAUUUGGGCUGUCUAUGGUCAAUGAAGAAUCAGGAGGACAGAGGUCAAGCAUUUAAACAUUUUUGUUCAAACCUUACAUGAUUUGCCCAUGGCACAAUUCCAUGUUUAAAAGUGAAUACUUACUUGGUCCCUGGGGCUCACAGAGAGUUUUGAGUCCCAUCUAAUACUCUGCCUGUUUCCUACCUGAAGAAAAACUACUCAGCCCAAUUUCUAGAAGAGAUGGGAUGUCCUCUGAAUGAUAAUAUUUGUUUACAUGUAUAGAGAGAAAAAAUAACCAAAAAGGUUAGAUUCAGUUAGUUGGGGUUUAUUUGACAAAUGCUCUUACUGUUAAGAUAUGAAUACAAGAAGCUUUUAGAUUUAGAAGUUUAUGGGGAUUUUGUUUACUCAGUUUGUUCACAAUCUGCUACACUAGUAAAUUGGAACAUUUGUCUUAAAACAUUUACAAACUGUGAAAUAAUUGAAUGUCAAUGUUUUCUAUUUAUUUAGCUGUUUCCCCCCCUAUCCUCUGGCUUUGGUCCAGUCAAUAUUAUUUGUUCAAGUGGUAGAAAUCUUAAAUAAAUCUAACAAUAGCUUGGCAGUCUAAUUAGGUUGAUCUACAUCAUCUUUGGGUGUUAAAAUUGUGACCUGAAUGUUGGCAGUGCCACACUGAGAUGGAAGCUCUCUCGCUCUACUGAGGCACUCUGUCGAGGAGAAGAUGAGUGUGGCUGGCUGAGGCAUGAAUCAAUUAUUCAUUCAGGUUGCAGGGAGGGAGCGUUCAUGCAUGCUAGGGCACUGUCGGGGCUUCUGUGUGUGUGUGUGUGUGUGUGUGUACACUGCAGUCUAGACCAGGGUUUUCCCAACUCAGUCCUACGACUCCCCCUGGGUGCACGUUUUUGUUUUUGCCCUAGCAAUACAUAGCCGAUUCAAAUCAUCAAAUCUUGAGUUGGUUAUUUGAAUCAGCUGUGUAGUGCUUGGGCAAAACCAAAAGGUACACCGGGCAGGGGGGUUCCCAGGACUGAGUUUGGGAAACCCUGGUCUAGAGGAACAGCCAACAGACUCCUGUCAACACUAAGACCUCUAGUUAUAGCUCACUGGAAUGACACAUGUCAAGGUCUGACACUUCCUUUAGUCUAACUACAAUAAAUCAGGUGUUCUCUC